GGCGACAAUCUGACGCUCUCAGCGCGUGACGCAGCACGCUUUGGUAUAAAUACAGACGCUCGGUCGUAGCUUCCUCUCUGCUCGCGCGGCCGACUCGCAAGAUGGCGCCGCAGAAAGACAAGAAGCCCAAAAGGUCAACCUGGAAGUUUAAUUUGGACCUCACUCAUCCAGUAGAAGAUGGAAUUUUUGAUUCUGGAAAUUUUGAACAAUUUCUACGGGAGAAGGUUAAAGUCAAUGGCAAAACUGGAAAUCUCGGGAAUGUUGUUCACAUUGAACGCUUCAAGAAUAAAAUCACAGUUGUUUCUGAGAAACAAUUCUCUAAAAGGUAUUUGAAAUACCUUACCAAGAAAUACCUUAAGAAAAACAAUCUUCGUGAUUGGCUUCGAGUGGUUGCAUCUGACAAGGAGACCUAUGAACUUCGUUACUUCCAGAUUAGUCAAGAUGAAGAUGAAUCAGAGUCGGAGGACUAGGCAAAGGCUCCCCUUACAGGGCUUUGCUAUCAGUGAAUAAAAAAUAUUAUACUCUUAAA